CUGCGCUUCUAGUCGACCUCCGUGUGUUUCAGACUUCAGUGCGAGAGCUGAGCUCGCGUCCGCCCGUACGCGUGAAUUCGCGUCCAAUCGCGUAUUACGGAAUCGCGUGUCAAAAUUUGUUAAAUUUUUUUUUUAAUUGUAUUUAUUAAGUUAUGAUUAUUUCUGAAUGAGUGAAAUCACAGCGUACGUUGUUUGUAGUUCUCAAACCGAUUUAUCUUUAAUUGAAAGUUAUUGGUUGUUGAUGGUGUCAUCUAUAAAACUCCUACGAUAUGCUGACGACAUCCACGUCACGGGGUAGAUUUUUAGUCGGUUUGUGUAUUGCCUAUUUGUUAGCACAAUACAUAUAUGCCAGUUACAGUACUUACGAGUCUCGACGGUUCGAAAAUUUGAUGACCAUUACGUCCACUCAACAAUACUUACCAGCUACCAACACAGUGCCAAUUUUGCAUUUAAAUAUAAGUGCCAUUAUUCGAGAGGCAAACAUUUUAUUUGUUAAGCCAAAUGGUACAAAUAAUAAUAGCACUGCAGUGUGUCCCGAAACUCCACCUGGAUUGAAUGGAACAGUUCCGCUGGUUGUGCCGACUCAUGAUACUUUAAAUGAAAUAUCACAACAAUUAUCUUGGCUGAGGCUCACUGAUGGUGGCCAUCAAGAACCUAUUACCUGCAAUGCUCGUCAUAAAAUUGCUGUAAUCGUGCCAUACAGGGAUAGAUUGUCUAACUUGUGUACAUUUCUGCUAAACAUUCAUCCAUUUUUAACAAAACAACAAUUAGACUAUACUAUUAUCAUUAUUGAACAAUUUGGCGAUGGGGUGUUUAAUCGAGCCAUGUUAAUGAACAUAGGAUACAUAGAAGGAUUAAAGUUGCGAAAGUUCGACUGUUUUUUUUUCCACGAUGUCGACCUGAUACCUGAGAAUGACAGAAAUAUUUAUAGUUGUCCUGAACAGCCUCGACACAUGUCCGUUGCAAUUGAUAAAUUUAAUUACAAUUUGCCGUACAAAGACUUGUUUGGCGGAGUCAUUGGUAUGAGCCGUAAUCACUUCCAGCUGGUUAACGGUUUUAGCAACAUGUUUUGGGGUUGGGGAGGUGAAGAUGAUGAUAUGGCGGCUAGAGUUAAAGCACACGAUCUCAACAUAACAAGAUAUUCACCCGAAAUUGCCAGAUAUCAUAUGUUAACCCAUACUAAACAAAAAGCAAACCCAAAAAGAUUCGAAAAACUAUUCAGCGGACACAAACGUUUCAAAACCGAUGGGCUCAAUAACUUGGUAUACCAUGUUAAAAUGCUUAAACGCCUACCAUUGUUUACUUAUAUGCUCGUCGACCUUAAGGCUACUGGAAGCUGAUGGACAAAAUCAUUAGGGUGGCGUUGGAUAUUUCGAAAAGUCUAUGACGUUGAUCCUCCUUAACAAACUCUGUUUUUUAACAUGAUGAUUUAAUCUGUAAUUAAAUUAUUUAUUACUUUUAUUACAUUUUAACUAGAUCUUAGAAGUUUCUUGCCUUUUUAUUAGUUGAUUAAAAUUUGUUGGUGUUUCGAAUCAGGGUCACGUGUCUUCUGACGAGGUGCUAGCUGCUAGUAGUAUGAUACCUUAAAUUUACUACUGUGUAAUAUUGUAGAGAUUACACAUAACGUAAUCAAAUUGUGCAUUCGAAAACACCUGACAUGUUUUAAAAUCUUACUUUUCAUUAAAUCGAAUUUCUGAUAACAUAUAAAAUGCUAAAUGAUAUCAAUUUAUAUUCUUCUUAAUUUUUGUAAAUUUUCUACAUUCCAUUUUAUAAUUAAUAAUAUUUCAUGUUGAAAUAAUAAUUUGAACGUAUAUUUUAUAUGCGUCAUCAUAAAAAUUAUUAAAAAUUUUUUUAAUACAUAGAAUUUCCUAACCUGUUGUGACAAAUCCUAUAAUUUGUUGUCCCAUGAAUACAUUUUGUUAGUUUCUUCUUUAAAAAGUUUUUCCAGUCUUAAACUACGUUAAAAAGAUAUUUUUUAAUGUUUUCGAAAAUUAAAGUUUUUUUUUAACCUUUUAUUACAAAAAACUUUUAUGGGUUAGGUUUGGUUUUUAGUAAAGGUUAUAAUAGUCAAUGUACACUAUACCUACGCUAUACACCCACACUAUGUAUCAAAAUGCUUGUAACCCAAUCAGUACUUAUCUUAAAGUUGAUAUUGACUCAUCAAAUUUUUUUGUAAGAAAAGUAUAAAAAAUAUCUAAUUUGAAAUGUUGAAAAUAUAUUCAGUGUAUUAAAAGUUAUAGAAAUAAUCAUAAUAGGCUAGGAAACUGUAUAUUAUGUAUCAUAUCCAUUAUAACUAAGAAUUUAAUCAAUUGGUAAGAUGAGUAACUAAAAAAAAACCAAUUUUUAGAAAAAUUAAAACUUUGAUAAAUUACAUUAAAUCGCUAACUCAAUAUUAUAAAGCACUAAAUGUCAUUAUUUUCUAAAUUCAUACUUAACAUUAUGGGAAAAAUGAUAAUUAAAUAUCAACAAUAUACAAUAUAAACAUAGUUUUUAUCGUUAAAAGACUAAUUUUAGAUUUUUUAAUAGUUAUUUUCGUUGCAAAUUGAAUGAAGAGGUAUUUAGGUAUUUUGUUCGUAAAUUAUUAGUAUGAUUUAAUAAAUAUACUAUGUAUAAAGUAGACUAUUAUGUUGAGUGUGUGGAUACAUAAGUGUAAUAAAUAUUAUCAAUUGAGGAAAAUUCUAAUUACUUUAAUUGGUAGUACCAUGUUUUAUAAAUUGGAUUUUGGGGAUCAAAUAAGGAUAGGAAAUACAAUUAUUAGGGUAGGCCUUUUCGGGUCAAUGAGAUUCUGUGAUAUAAUUAUUUAUAUUUCUCUAUAGUUGUUUUUUUUUAAUAUGAGUGUGAAAAAUUGUAUAUUAAGGCUGGGUAGCUUUAUGAAAAGAAUAUCCCAGACUUUAUUGAACAGUUUUAAUACACAUCUAUCAAUUUAUAAAUUGUAAUUACGCAAAAUCGAGACUUGUAGCCUUAUAGAUUAAUGUAAUUAAGAUAUUAAAUUAUAAAACAUUUCAAUGAUUAAAUGAAAUAGUUUUAAUAAUUAUUUUAAUACUGUAAUUCGUACAAAUUUAAGCAUUAAUUUUUUCAAAUUUAAUUUAUUAUACAUAAUUUUAAUUAUAUUAAAAUUGUAACUUUUAUUAUCAACUAUGUGAUAUACUAUUGAAAUUUUCUUCUGCAUUAUACUUGUUUAAUAUUUAAAUAUAACAAUUAAUUUAUUAGUCAUAGAUUUUGUAUAAAUGUAAAAAUUAAUACCUGUAUAACUUUGUAGAGAUCUCAUAUAACCAAAAUAAUAUUUUAAGAAGAUAUUAACUCAUAGUUUUUGAAGAUUAAUUUACAUUUUACUAUACUUAAUAUCAACUUAUGUAGUAAAAAUAUAAUUAGUAUUAUGAAUAAAUACUGAAAAAAGUUUAAUUCAAUCAUCGAAGUUGUAUUAAUGGAGGCAGAUAUGCAUCUAACAUAUUGUUAUCAGCAACAAACACAUAUUUAUUUCUUCUAUUAAUAAUUAAAUCUAAAAGUACUAAAACUUUUUAUUUAGCAGUUUAAAACUUGCAUUUGCCAACAUUAUUGGAAGUAACUAAAAAUUCGGUAGUUAUACAAUAACUACUAUUACUUCUAUUAAAUUUUUGAAAACUUUUUUAAUACUUUUUAUAAAAUAAAAAUUGCCAAUCUCAAAAAAAAUAAUUUUCAUUCUUAGUUAUUAAUUUACUGGACAAAAUCAUUUUUUAAUUAAAAAAUUACAAUUUUUUGUUAUAAAGCUGAACAUAACUAUUCAGAUUAAAA